AUGCAUGAUAUCCCGGAGUUUGAACUUGAUCGCAUUGGAUCAGCACCACAUGCCCUCUCGCUGAACAACCUUCGACAUCUUUCCUCCACCAAGCUCAGUCCGAUCGAAACCGACAUCCCACUUUCAUAUGCUCCAUCCCUCGGAUCAGUUGAGCUUCUCAAACGCCUUGCAGAGAUCUAUUCCACCGAAACCGCACCACUGACAGAAGACAAUGUGAUCAUCACUCCUGGAUCAAUCAUGGCCAAUUAUCUAGUGCUGAGCACGACAUGCAACAAAAGCGACCAUGUCAUCUGCCAAUUCCCAAACUACGGACCUCUGUAUCUCUUGCCUAAGUAUUUCGGCGCUGAGUUGGAAUUUUGGGUUGCGAAAGAAGAAAGAUCAUGGAAUCCUGACAUUGAGGAGCUCAAAGCACUUAUUCGGCCGAACACGAAAGCCAUUAUCCUAACAAAUCCUUGCAACCCGACAGGAGCGGUUCUCUCUGGAGAGAUACUAGAGCAGAUCCGAGAUUUGUCCAAGAAGCACAACAUCACAAUCUUUGGCGAUGAAGUCUUUCGUCCUCUCUUCCACAACGACACUCCAACCCCACCAUCCGUUAUCUCCCUGGGAUACGAUAACACCAUCUCCACUGGAUCUGUCUCCAAGGCCUACGCACUCCCGGGUAUUCGCAACGGCUGGAUUAUCUCACCAAACAAAGACAUCCUACAGCGUAUAAUUGCAGCUCGAGACUAG